AUGUCGAACCCAGCUACCACCGGUGAUGCGCCACGUCAAGAUCCAGCUGAUGAGAAGGCCCCAGGCACUCAAGAUGCCACCUGUGACACGCCUAUUCCCAACCAUGCGGCCGAUCUUACUCGGACGCCGACUGUUGAAGCUCCUGUUACGACAACCACCCAAUCUGCUGAUAGGCCUUUUGGCGAGCCAAUUGGUGGUCCCGUUCUGGAUCCCCGCGUUGGGCCCGUGGCCGGACCCAACCCCUAUGCCCACCCCCUGCCGCAAAAGCCCUCAAGGUCUACGCUCAAACGACUCUGUCGGUGGAAUCUUCAAACACACAACCCGUUGCCUGAGCCCAGCGUGGGAGAAGCCCAACAGGUGGUCGUGCAAGCCGACAGCAAGCCUCGCCAUAAAAGAAAACGUAAAAGAAAACGUAAAAGAAAACGCUCUUCAACUCUCGAGCAAGCCAUCCGUUUCCGUCUGUCCAAGAAAACAAACAAAAGCAAGCCUCAAGCCGAGAAGGGCCACAAGUUCUGUUGGCAGCUCGGCCACGAGUUCGUUGGGUUUGUCUUUCACGUAAAUGGCCCUAUCGCUAAGAAUAUCGCAACAAAGAUUCACCAGCUUCCCAUUCCAACACAAGUAUGCAAGCGAGUUGUAUACUUCACUGAUGCAUCUAUCCGUUCGGGAUGUGCUGCUGCCGCCGUUGUUUGCCUGGAAAUGGCGAUCGGAACCAUCAACGAGAAAUGUGCCACUGUCUCCCAAACCAACUCUGUCGACAAGGAGUUCUUCCAGCAACAUUUGGCACAGACACGUUCCCACCUCCAUACCAUGACCAAGGAGGUCUUUAUCUUUACUAACGACUGCAACGCGUUGAGGCGCAUUGAUGGGACCCUAGCAUAUGCCCCAAAUGGAGGCAUGGCAAUUAAAUUGGAGGCUAUCGCAAAGUACUCCAAAGAGCUGAGUGAGCUUGGGGUACAUCUGGAGCUGCACCUUAGCCCAGGUCAUUGCAGAGUCCCUGGCAACCAGGCAGCAGAUUCAAUGGCUCGAAAGACAGCGUUGGCUGCAAUUGCGAGGACGGCCGAACAUAUGCGCGUCUUGAAGAACGCGGCACUUGGCCCAAUGGCCAAAUGA